AUGCCACCGCGAAACGAGCAGGGCGGCCACAUCGUUGGCGACAUCCUCGGCGGCGGCGGCGGUACCUUUCCGGGCCAAGGCUGCACGCAGCCGACGACGGAGCCGCUCUCACCCUCCACCUCACCAGGCAGCAAGAUCGUGGCCGCGACCUUCUUCGGCGACGUCCGCCACACGGCGAGCCAGGCCUACAACGUAGGCACCGGCGCUUCCGGUAGCGGAAUCUGGCCACGGGCGGGCUCCCAGUUGUCGCUGAACCAGUGGCCCCAGAAGCUGCAUUCGUGGUGUCUAUCAGGCGAACCCGUUCGCGCUGGCGGUUCCGACUACAAUGCCCAUGCUUCCUAUUCCCAGAUUUACACGGCAAAGGCUGCGGCUUGGGUCAAGACGAAGCUUGAAUAG